CGGCAGUAUUCUGAGACCUGUCACGUCCACAGUCUCUGGUCAUCUCCUGUACCGUGUCAGCAGACUCUGGUCAUCCCCUGUACAGUGUCCGCAGUCUCUGGUCAUCCCCUGUACAGUGUCCGCAGUCUCUGGUCAUCUCCUGUACAGUGUCCGCAGUCUCUAAACAUCUCCUGUAUCGUUUCCGCAGUCUUUGGUCAUCCCCUGUGCCAUGUCUGCAGUCUCUGGUCAUCUCCUGUACAGUGUCCGCAGUCUCUGGUCAUUCCCUGUACCGUGUCCGCAGUCUUUGGUCAUCCCGUGUACCAUGUCUGCAGUCUCUUCUCAUCCCCUGUUCCGUGUUUGCAGCCUCUGCUCAUGUACCAUGACAACAGUCUCUGGUCAUCUCCUGUAGUAUGUCUGCAAUCUCUGGUCAUCUCCUGUACUGUGUCUGCAGUCUCUGGUCAUCUGCUGUACUGUGUCGGCAGUCUCUGGUCAUUCCCUGUACUAUGUCUGCAGUCUCUGGUCAUUUCCUGUACUAUGUCUGCAGUCUCUGGUCAUCUCCUGUACUAUGUCUGCAGUCUCUGGUCAUCUCCUGUACUAUGUCCGCAGUCUCUGGUCAUUUCCUGUACUAUGUCUGCAGUUCAUUGG